CACGCUCUACAUAGUACGUCGGAUCGCGGAACGUUAUCAUUUGACCCAUAACACUUGCCAGCAAGCCGCGGCCAUGUCGUCUGUGAAUUCGUAACUGACUUAGUUUAGUAUUAAGUUAUUUAUUCAUGAAAAUGCGAUUUAUAAUUGUGUGCAUAGUGCUGUGUGCGAUUUCGGACAGUAAUGUUUUUGGUCUUUCUUCGAAUGAAAUAGCAGAUGUUCAGGAAUCAUGUUGCACCCAUGGGCAAGCAUACGCGAUGGCUCAGUCGUCAGUAGAGUCAUGUCAAAGCGCCAGUCUUCCAGAGGGUAUCGAAGAUGAGGCAAGGGACGCGUGUAUUACAGCAUUGAGCAGCUGCUGUCAGGAACAAUUCAAAGAUAAAGAAGAAUGUGAAGAUGGAAUUAAACAAGCUGAAUCAAAUCAAUGUAAUAGUCCAAAAAGUGAUAUUGGGAAGACUUGCUGCAGUGAAUGUGCAUUUGGUCGUCUAACUGGUGGCUUGGAAGGGGAGGAGGGAUGUAGUCGGGAGCCUGCUGAGGAGUUUUACACAACUUCAUCCGCUUCUUUAAUGAGGCAUGCUUUUUACCAAUGCUGCAUGGAAUCCAAAAAAGAACAAGAGACCACAACAGAAAAGAAAGAGUCGACAACAGCGAAGGCGGAAGAGAAAGAUAAAUGUAAGGAGAAUUCUUGUGAGCAUGUUUGUAACGAUCAAGAUGGAAAGGUACAAUGUCGGUGCAACGAAGGGUACAGGCUUCAGCCUGAUAAGAGAUCUUGUAAAGAUAUAAAUGAAUGUGCUGAAUCAACUGAUGAUUUAUGCACUGCCAAAGACACAGUGUGUCAUAACACCAAUGGCUCUUACAAAUGCGUCCCCAUCAAGAAGAGGGAAGCUGGGUCUGGCUGUCCGCCGGGAUUUAAGAAGAACGUCAUUAACCAAGUGUGUGAUGAUAUCAACGAAUGCCAGUUACCCCGGCCACCGUGUCCAAAAUACCUUUGCGAGAACACGAUAGGAGGGUACAAGUGCGCGGGAAAACCAGGCAAGCCCUUCGCUGAAGAUGCCCCAGGUCCCACCACUGCUAAGCCUGAUGCUGCACCAGAAGUUAAGAACGAUAUCUGCCCUCCUGGCUUUCGAGCUGGAGAAGACGAUGAAUGCUUGGACAUCGAUGAGUGUGAGGAAAGAGUGGAUGAUUGCCAGCGUCUAUCCCAACAUUGCAUCAACACGCACGGCGGCUACUUCUGCCAGGACCACGUGUCCAAGCGAUGUGCUCCGGGGUUCAAGGUUAAUUCCGCUACUGGUAUUUGUGAAGAUAUCGACGAGUGCGUGGAAAGUCUAGAAGUGUGUAAACGCACUGAGGUCUGCGUUAACCUACCCGGCGCUUACAACUGCAAGUCGAAAAUCAGCACCUUACCAAAAUUGGCACCAACAAAGAAGUGUCAAGAAGGAACUCGAUUGCGGCCUGGUGGCUCAACUUGUGAAGAUAUAGACGAAUGUCGUGAAGGCAGCCAUUUGUGCGACCAAUUCCAGAAUUGUAUUAACACAUUUGGCGGUCAUGAGUGUCGAUGCAAGAAUGGCUUCGAGUUGGAUUCUUCGUCGAGCUCGUGUGUCGAUAUCGACGAGUGUGCGUUAAAACUAGAUAAUUGUCAAGCUGGACAACACUGUCUCAACAUAUUGGGUUCAUUCACGUGCACCCAGCGCGCGGUUACCACUUCCACCAGCACCACUCUAUCACCUGAUUACUACUAUGAGUAUUACGAAUCAGGUGAAGAUGAUAGCCCAUCUGAUCCAGCACGCGCACCUUCACCCGGACCAGCACCUACACCAGAAACCACUCCUUCGACGACUUCAACAACUUCAACAACAUCAUCAACGACCACAUCAACAACCACAACAACAACAACAACACUUGCACCAACAACAUCCACACCUCCACCAACAACGUCUACUUCUACCACCACUACUUCCACCACAACACCACGACCCAGACCAUACCAGCCACCACGCCGUAACCACAACCUAAGACCAAGACCAAGAUCUAGCACCACUACCACAGAACAGACACGAUUUUACCCCUCAUCAGGAGACAGACCGGAUUCACCUCCCGGUACGGGUAGAAGAGUUUACAAUAGAAGACCACAGUUCUAUCCCAGAAGACCGACGUCUACUACUCCCGUCGAGACCACAGUGACUACUUCCACUGAUAUCAAUACAAUAGAAAGAGACAGAGCACCGGAUGGUAGCUAUGCAAUCGAUACUGGUGACAUUCCCAAGGAUAAAUGGACAAAUGUUAUUGAAAAGGAGUCUGAGCCUGAAUUUGAUCCAAGUCUGGUGCAUUGUUUGAAUGGAUUUGAGAGGAACGAAAGGGGUGAAUGUGUUGAUGUAAACGAGUGCGAUGAAGGCCGCCACAUUUGCAGCACAUUAGAAUACUGCAAGAACAGGCCAGGUGGUUACGAGUGUGUCUGUGUGCCGGGCUUCACCCGGGACGUGUCCGGGUGGUGCGCCCCCAUAACCCCCACGAGAACCACUCCCACUACUCCCUCUACUACUACUUCUACCACCUCUACCACCACCACUGCAAGGCCUACAACUAGCACUGUUGCCUAUACUUACGAAACGGAGAGCACCUCAGCAUCCACAACUCCCGAGUGGGGCUAUCCCAACUCCCGCUGGAUUCCACCUCAACCAUGUGACCAAGGUUACACCUUCAGCUCCUCCCAGGGCAGAUGUGUUGACGUGGACGAGUGCGCCACGAACAGAGCGAACUGUUCACCCAAAGAGGACUGCGUCAACACGGAGGGCGGCUACCGCUGCGUGUGCGGGCGGGCCUGUCGUGGGGACACCACCUAUGAGUCCCCGCCUGUGCCGGACUCGAACGUGAUAACGGUGGGCGCGCAGUACGGGCGGCGCGGGCCGCGCUACAUGCGGCCAACACGCGCGCGCCUGCCUGGCUCGGGGGCCAUCGUCACCACUUGCCCCUGGGGGUACAAGCUGACGCCGGACAAACAUUGUUUAGAUAUCGACGAAUGUGCUCGCAACGUGUCUGAGUGCGGGCCGCAACAGAAGUGCGAGAACUUCUUUGGCGGCUACUCGUGCCAGUGUCCCACCGGACAUAGGCUCAACGGCAAACAAUGUGAUGAUAUAGACGAGUGCAACUUUGGCAAUCCAUGUUCCUACAACGCGCGAUGCAUCAACACAGUGGGCUCGUACCGCUGCGCGUGCGGCGCCGGGUUCCGCAACGCGCCCUCCAACGACAAGGUGUGCGUCGACGUGGACGAGUGCGCGGAGACACCCGUCGCCUGCGAGCACGGCUGCUCCAACGUGUGGGGCGGCUACCGCUGCUUCUGUAACAGGGGGUACAGGCUGAGGAGCGAUAAUAGAACAUGCGAAGACAUAGACGAGUGUUCAGAAUGGGGCAACUCCCGGACGCGCGGGCGGCUGUGUGGAGGCCGCUGUGUCAACACCGCGGGGAGCUUCCGCUGCGCCUGCCCCACCGGAUACCGCCUCGCUGAUGAUGAGAGGAGCUGUAUUGACAUUGAUGAAUGUGAGACCGGUGAGGCGCAGUGCGGCGCAGAAGCCGGCUCCGUGUGCCAGAACACGCGCGGCGGCUUCCACUGCCACCACAUCCGCUGCCCGCCCGGGUACCGCCUUGAGGGGAAACACAAAUGCAGCCGCAUCCAACGCUCGUGCUUAGUGUCCGACUGGAACUGCCUGCAGCAGCCGAGCACGUAUAGCUAUAACUUCAUCACGUUCGUGUCUAAUAUAUAUCUGCCUAUGGGAAGCGUGGACCUCUUUACAAUGCACGGUCCUUCAUGGCAAGACUCGGUGGUCAACUUCGAAAUGCGGAUGAUCGAAGUGCAAGCUUCACCAGGAGUCAAACCUGCUGACUUGUCCUGUUUCGACAUGCGUCCAUCGGGCAACAUCUGCGUGGUGUCGCUGGUGUGCUCGCUGGGCGGGCCGCAGGUGGCCGAGCUGGAGCUCACCAUGUCGCUGUACCAGCGCGCGCUUUACGCGGGCAGCGCUGUCGCGAGAUUAGUCGUCAUUGUGUCCGAAUAUGAUUUUUAGGUUAUUAUUAGUGGAUUAAAUAAAACUUUUUAUAUUGUGA